AAACACAAACUACUAGCAUCCAUCUCUUCAUCCCUCCCAAGUCUCUCGAAACAUCCCUCAUACCGCUCUCUAGGUCCUGCCCCUAACCAUCACCAAUCGCUUCUCUGCCCUCCAACGAGCUAUGACCGACCACGACCAUGACCCCAUAGCCUCCGCCAAAGCCCAAGAAGCAACCCACAACUUCGCCAUCCGCCACGCCACCCUCGCCGACAUCCCCGCGCUGCAGAGCAUGAUCGAAGCAUCGCUGCGCGCCCUGGGGUCGACGCACUACACGCAAGCCGAGCUCGACGGCUCGAUAGGGUAUCUGUUCGGCCCGGAUACAUUGCUGCUUCAUGACCGCACAUACUUCAUCAUCCACCCCACCUCCUCGCCAGACGUAAUCUGCGCAUGCGGCGGCUGGUCCUUCAGACGGACGCUGUACGGCGCGGACACAGCGCCGGGGCGCAUGCCCGAAGCACGGGAUCCGCAGUGCGAGCGUGCGAGCAUACGCGCUAUUUUCACGCAUCCGGAGUGGGCGCGCAAGGGGCUGGGGACGAUGAUGAUGCGGCAUUGCGAGGAGCGGGCGCGGGAGGGCGGGUUUGGGAGGCUGGAGAUGGGGGCGACGUUGAGUGGGGUCGCGCUGUAUGAGCGGUGUGGGUAUGAGAGGAGUGGGAAGGAGGAUUGUGUGAGGUGUCCGAAUGGGGAGGGCAUUCGGGUUGUGCAUAUGGUUAAGGAUCUAGAAACUAAUGGGAUGGAAGAGAAGGGGAUUAAUGGAGCUUGAGCAAACUAAUAGCAAUUUAGACCUGUGACUUUUCCGAGCGCUUCGAUGAUAUCCUCCCUACAUGAAUUGAACUUGG